AUGUUCCGACGCAAUGCAGCCUUUGCGAGUCUCCUUGACAAAUCCUACACAUCCACUGGAGAAGAACGUCCCCAAAAAUGUAUGCCGAUUGUUUUGCAACACUGCGCACCGCAGAACAAAGGAUGUGCUGUAAUUGAGGUCACUCGCAAUAGUGGUUUCAAUGUGUCACAAGGCAAUACGGUGAGUGGCUUGUUCACUUCAAGUUCGCAGCGCAAUACUCAGGGGUGA